CGAACCUGGGUCCUUGCGCUUCAUACUAUAUGCACUUAACUGAGUGCACCACCGCCCGGCCCCCUCUGCUUUUUUUUUUGUUUGUUUGUUUUUGGUCACUUGGCCAGAGCACUUUUGUGCCAGGGACUGAACCUGGAUGCUCUGCCUCUGUGUGCUGGCCCACAGAGGCUGUCCCGGGUGCUGUGUGCCCCGGGGUGACACGUGGCUGUCACCUGAGGUGUCUGAGUAGCUCUGUGUGGCCUGUGUGUGUGAGACGCAGGACAGUCACUUAUGAGUGUGUGUGACCCUGGGAAUGCGGCCUCUGUUCCCAGGGUGACAAGAAGAGCCCAGACCAAUGUUCAGGGGAGGAGCCGGGAGGGAGAAGGCUGAAACAGCUGUCUGUCUGUCUGUCUCCCGCCAUCUGUGGUGUGUCCUGGGAGUCUGGAGGCACUGAGUGGACAUGGUGAAUAAAGGACCAGUGGCAGCGGCUUGGGGUCCCCGAGAGGGCCCACCUGUUAAAGCACAGGCCUGGCCUUGCCUGAGGCUCUGGAUUCGAGCCCCAGCACCACACAGGGAGCUCUGUGGCUGGUGGAGCAAUGCUGUGGCGUCCCUUCCGGAAAGCACCGGGCAUUUUUGAGACCCGGCUCAUUCCCUGAAGCCACAGUGCUGAGGUGGGCAGGGCUGCAGAGGGAGCCCCCACCCCACCCAGCUGCCUCUGACCGAGUUUGGGGGGGGCGCUGCAGAGAGCCUUGGGGAGCCUGUCUCUGGGGAGCAUGGUGGGAGGGCACAGACCUAAAGUCCGGCUACUUCCUGGCUGUGAGUCCUGGGGAGCUGGUCACUCCUGGCCAGGCUGUGGGUUGCCACCCCUCCUGUGCAGCGGGGAUCCUGAGCCACUGAAUGCCCUGGCCGGGGAGCCCAGUGGGAGGUGCUCAGUGGACGUUUGUUGAGUGACUGAGUGAUGGAGCCCAUGGUGGUGGGGAUGGCAGGGCCACUGCUGCAGCUUGUCCUGCCCCCCUCCAUGCACCUGCCACCCGGCCAGGACCACUGACUUUCGUUUUGGUUGAAGCCAACGGUGGAGACCCCUAAGAUGGCGGAGCAGCAGGGAGUAUCAAAGCAGGCGGCUGCCGGCAAGAGCCAUGGCGGGAUGGGCGGGGCCUACAAGGUGACCGUGUAUGAGAUGGAGAACUUCCAGGGCAAACGCUGCGAGCUGUCGGCCGAGUGCCCCGACCUGACGGAUGGCCUCCUGGAGAAGGUGGGCUCCAUCCAGGUCGAGUCUGGGCCGUGGCUGGCGUUCGACCGCAGGGCCUUCCGCGGGGAACAGUUUAUCCUGGAGAAGGGGGACUACCCUCGCUGGGAUGCCUGGUCUAGCAGCCAGCACAGUGACAGUCUCAUGUCUCUGCGUCCCCUGCACGUGGACGGUCCUGACCACAAGCUGCACCUGUUUGAGAACGCUGCUUUUGGCGGCCGUAAGAUGGAGAUCAUAGAUGACGACGUGCCCAGCCUCUGGGCGCACGGCUUCCAGGACCGAGUGGCCAGUGCUCGUGCCCUCAGCGGGACGUGGGUCGGCUACGAGUUCCCCGGCUACCGCGGGCGCCAGUUCGUGUUGGAGCGCGGCGAGUACCGCCACUGGAACGAGUGGGGCUCCAGCCAGCCCCAGAUGCAGGCUGUGCGCCGCAUCCGUGACCAGAAGUGGCACAAGCGAGGCAGCUUCCUCAGCAGCUGAGGGG